AUGAGCUCUAGGAACUCCCGCCUCAAAGGCUUCGGUUUCGGGAAACGCAAAUCAGCCGCGAGCAUCCAGACGGGCGCAGAGGGGGUCCCUCCCACCAGUACCCCUCCGCCGGGCCAAAUACCUCAGCAACACCAGAUCCCCCACCCGGGCCACACGCCCCCCAUCGGCGCCGCGUCGUCGUCCACGAGCCUCCCAAUGAACCAUCCCGGCCCGGGCAAUCGCCCGCCCAGCUACUCGGCCAACUAUCCUCCUCCCGGCGCCCCCGUCGACCGUACCAGUCCUCACCCGGGCCACAGCCGCACUCCGCCCAGCCAGAUGGCUGGAGGGCCGCCUCCCAUCAACACCAGUGCCCCCAUGGGCUAUCCGCCCAACAUGGCUCCCAUGGGCGGACAGCCUCCGGCCGGUGGCUCCAUCGCACAGCAUUUCCAGCGUACCAACCCGGCCGCAGAAGUUGAGGGUGCUAGCAAGAGCAAGGCCCAGCUGAUUGUUGGCAUCGACUUUGGCACCACCUUUUCCGGAGUCGCCUUCGCCUUUGCGACAAACAACGAGGCCAAGGAGGACAUCAUCACCGAGUGGCCUGGCGCUGGCUCAUACACCAAGCAAAAGAUCCCAACUGUCUUGUACUACGACCAGUAUCAAAAGGUCGUGGGCUGGGGACCCGACAUCGCCGACGCCCUGGCACCGACUGGCUACCCAAAGCCUGGCGUGCAAAAAGUGGAAUGGUUCAAGUUGCAACUGAUGCUCAGCGGCAACACGUACAUCGAUCCCAUCAACCUCCCUCCCCUGCCGCCGGGCAAGUCUGAAAUCGACGUCGCCGCAGACUACCUCUUCAAGCUCCGGCAAGCGAUGCGGUCAGCCUUACAAAAGACCCUGGGCGAGGUGUUCAACCGAGAAGAGCGCAACAUUCGGUACUACCUAACUGUGCCCGCCAUCUGGAACGACGCCGGCAAGGCGGCCACUCGGGCGGCGGCGAUCCAGGCCGGGUUCCUUCGCGACGAAAACGACAAUCGAUUGACCUUGAUCUCCGAGCCCGAAGCGGCCGCCCUGUUCUGCUCAAAGACGGGGCUGCUCAACCUCAAGGUGCACGACGCUGUCCUAAUCGUGGACUGCGGUGGCGGUACCGUGGAUUUGAUUGCCUACGAGGUGGAGGAGGAAAACCCGUUUACGGUUGCCGAGUGCACGACGGGGUCCGGCGAUUCUUGCGGCUCUACGGCCCUCAAUCGCAAUUUCAGUAAUAUCCUGCGGACCAAGAUCCGCAAGAUGAAGCUGCCCGACGGGUCCAAGACGGCGGGGCGCGUCUACGCCAAGUGCAUCAUGGACUUUGAGAACAGAAUCAAGGCCGAUUUCCGCAACAACGGGCAGAAGUGGGCCGUCGACGUUGGCAUCGAGGCCGAGUUCCCCGAGGCUGGCAUCGAGGAGGGCUACAUGACCUUUACCAACGAAGAAAUCCUGCAGUGCUUUGAGCCAGUCGUGAAUCGGAUCCUGGAGCUGGUACGGAACCAGAUUAUUGCCAUCCAGGCCCAGAACCGGACACUGCAGAACAUCCUGGUCGUCGGCGGCUUCGGCGCAUCGGAAUACCUGUUCCAACAGAUCAAGCUGCAUGUUCCGCCUCAGUUCCAGUCCAAGGUUGUCCGCCCGAUGGACGCCGUGGCUGCCAUUGUCAAGGGUGCCGUCACUGCCGGCAUCACCGAGCGCAUCAUCACCCACCGAGUCGCACGCCGACACUACCUCAUGGCCACGCUACAGCCCUUCAAGGAGGGCUAUCACCCAGAGGCCUACCGAGUGCCGUCUCUGGAUGGCAAGGACCGAUGCAAAUUCACGCGGCAGAUUUUUGUGCAAAAGGGCCAGAAAGUCAAGAACGGCGAGCCCGUCAAGGUGUCGUUUUUCCGACAAGUGGCCCCGGGCGCGACUCUUAUGUACGAGGACGUGCUUUAUGCUUGCGACGAUGAUGUCUGCCCGGAGUACACCAAAGAUCCCCGCAUCAAGGAAGUCGUCACUCUCACGUCGGACCUUUCCCGUAAGAACCUGGAAAAGGACUUUGAGAGGAUGGACACACCCCAAGGAACCUUUUACCGCGUCUACUUUGACAUUUACUUGACUCUGGAUGGCUCGGAAUUCAGCGCCGAACUAGUCUGCCAAGGCGAAGUCAUGGGCCGUUGCCGUGCGCGCUUCCGGUAG